CCUCUCACCAUGUCAGCCUGUUGCAGCUGGAAAGAUAUUUUCCAGUAUGAGACAAACAAAGUCCUCCAGAUCCAGAGCAUGUACUACGGCACCCUUAAGUGGUUCUUCCACCUGCUGGUCCUUUCCUACGUCAGCUUUGCUUUGAUCAGUGACAAGCGGUACCAAAAGAAAGAGCCUCUUAUCAGUUCCGUGCACACCAAGGUGAAAGGGAUAGCAGAGGUGAAGGCGGAGAUAUUGGAGAAUGGAAUGAAGAAGAUGGUGUCUGAGGUCUUUGACACUGCAGAUUACACCUUCCCCUUGCAGGGGAACUCCUUCUUCGUGAUGACAAACUUUCUCAAGACAGAAGGCCAACAGCAGGGGUUAUGUCCUGACUUUCCCACCCAAAGGACGAUCUGUUCCUCUGACAGGGAUUGUAAAAAGGGAUGGAUGGACCCGCAGAGCAGAGGGAUCCAGACCGGAAGGUGUGUAGUGUAUAAAGAGGGGCUGAAGACCUGUGAAGUCUCUGCCUGGUGUCCCAUCGAGGAGGUGGAAAAGGCUCCCCGGCCCGCGCUCUUGAAGAGUGCUGAAAACUUCACUGUGUUCAUCAAGAAUAACAUUGACUUCCCUGGCCACAACUACACCACGAGAAACAUCUUGCCAGGUGUAAACAUCACCUGUACCUUUCACAAGACUCAGAAUCCACAGUGUCCCAUUUUCCGACUAGGAGAUAUCUUCCAAGAAACAGGAGAUAAUUUUUCAGAUGUGGCAAUUCAGGGAGGGAUCAUGGGCAUUGAGAUCUACUGGGACUGCAACCUGGAUGGUUGGUUCCAUCACUGCCGUCCAAAAUACAGUUUCCGUCGCCUUGAUGACAAGACCACCAAUGAAUCCUUGUACCCUGGCUACAACUUCAGAUACGCCAAGUACUAUAAGGAAAACAACAUUGAAAAACGGACUCUGAUAAAAGUCUUUGGGAUCCGUUUUGACAUUCUGGUUUUUGGCACCGGAGGAAAAUUUAACAUUAUCCAGUUGGCCGUGUACACUGGCUCAGUCAUCUCCUACUUUGGUUUGGCCACUGUGGUAAUCGACUUCCUCAUCAACCCUUACUUAAGUAAAUGCUGUCGAUCCUGCAUUUAUUCCUUUUGCAAGUGGUGUGAAUGCUGUGCAGCCAAUGAAUACUACUACAGGAAGUGUGAGCGCAUUGUGAAGCCAAAGCCGACAUUAAAAUACGUGUCCUUUGUGGAUGAAUCCCAUAUUAGGAUGGUGGACCAAGAGCCACUUGGAAAAAGUCUGCAAAAUGUCGAAGGUGAAGAAGUCCCAAGACCCUCAAUGGACUUGUCCAGGCUGCCCCCGUCUCUCCAUGAUCCAUCCCCUAUUCCUGGACAAGCAGAGGAGAUCCAGCUGUUAAGUGACGAAGCAGCUACCAGAUCCAGCAACAGCCCAGACUGGUGCCAGUGUGGACACUGCCUCCCAUCCCAGCUUCCCAUGAGCCACAGACACCUGGAAGAACUGUGCUGUCGGAAAAAGGCGGGUGCCUGCAUCACCACCUCAGAGCCCUUCAGAAAGCUCAUCUUGUCCCGACAGCUCCUGGAGUUCCUCCUGCUCUACCAGGAGCCCUUGCUGGAGCUGGAUGAAAACUCUAACAGCCAGCUGCGGCACUGUGCCUACAGGUGCUACACCACCUGGCGCUUCGGCUCCCAGGACCUCGCCGACUUUGCCAUUCUGCCCAGCUGCUGCCGCUGGAGGAUCCGGAGAGAGUUUCCCAAGAGUGAAGGCCAGUACACCGGCUUCCAGAGUCCUUAG